AUGGCACUUAACCACACGUUCAUCGAUACCCCAUAUGACUUGCUUAUCGACUGUGCUCACGUACGUGAUGGUUAUCCUAAUGCCAGUCUAGCCUUGUGUGUUAUCUCUAGUAUCCUGGGUGCACUUUGUGCCUACUUUUUGCCCCUCGUGUGCACUUGCGGCCUGUUCGGGAACAUAUUGACCACAGUCCUAUUCCUUCGGGCACUUCGUCGACCCACACGUCAAAUGAUAUAUCUAGCUUGUUUAGCUUCCGCGGAUGCGACCACUCAAUUCCUAUUCGGUUGGUUAUGGUUGUUCCCAGCCAAAGGAUUGCCUUUUGCCACAAACGGACGCGUCUAUUUCUUUCUAUGGGAGCAAUCGACUGCCCUGUGCCAAUUUCAUCGAUUCGCCUACUCGUUCACAUCCACUCUGAGCGCAAAUAUUUUGCUCUUGGCUGCCCUGGAUCGCUAUUUCUCAAUCAAUUGGCCAUUGAAAUUUGUCAGCGUACCACUGAUCUAUGCAUGGUACGCGAUCGGUGUGGUUGUACUCCUCAGUGCCCUAAUGAUGCUUCCGUUCGCAGUGCUAACGCAAUGGAAAAUCACCUCGGGCAAAUUGACCUGUUGGAUUGAUUCGGAUCAAUAUUUUCUCCAAGCUUAUCAUGUCCUAUUUUCAAACGCUUGUCUAGUCCAACCUAUGUGCACCGGACUGUUGAACAUACUAUUCCUCAUUCGUAUUCGUCGAAUGCUUCGUCCCGGCUCUUCUUCGGAUGCGCAGGAUAGUAUCGAACAGCGGGAAUACUCCGCCACAAUCACAUUGCUAAUCCUAUCUGCGGUCACAUUGUCCACUGCCUUCCCGCAAAGUAUUGCCUAUUUGGUCGCGUUCUUUCUCUAUCUGGCCAGUCCGCAUCACAGUCUCUCACGAGUCCCCGUCCGAUUGGCUUUCAAUAUUGCGGAUAUCGCAUGGAAUGUGAUAUUCAUUCAAACCACAUGCAAUAUUGUCAUCUAUUUUUCACGAAUCAAACGAUUUCGUCGUAUUAUAAUCAAUUCACUCUUGUGUCGGAAAACCGGAUUGAACAGACCUUCUAAAAAUCUAACCUCGGCAAACUAUUGUACCGAUACGCGUCAAGAUUAA